AUGGCAACCGAUCAGCAACCUCCUCAGAAACCCCCAUCGCCAACCUUCAACCUCAUCUACCCCCCCUCCCUCGAACCCUACAACCUCCCCAUGCGCGCCUGGCUCACCGCAAACUCCAAGUCCUGGGACGGCCUCGCCACGAGCGCUCUCGUCUUCGACAGCCGCAACCGGGUUCUCCUGCUCCAGCGCGCCGCGCACGACAGCAUGCCCCUGCGCUGGGAGACCCCCGGCGGCGCCGUCGACGACGAGGACACGAGCGUGCUCGUCGCGUGCGCGCGGGAGCUCUGGGAAGAGGCCGGGCUGGAGGCCGUCGAGAUCAUGCGGGUCGUGAGCGAGGGCAAGGGCAAGGAGCCGGGCAGCACGUUCACGAACCGCACAGGGACGGUGGUGUUCCGGCGGUUCGCGUUCGAGGUGAAGGUGCGGCAGGCCGAGGGCGAGGAGCUGGGCGUGAAGACAGACCCAGAAGAGCAUGCGGAUCAUGUGUGGGCCUCGGAGGAGGAGGUCUUGAGCGAGAGGGUCGGGGAGAAGGACAUUCCGAUUACGAACGCGCAGAUGGCGAGCUUGAUCCUCGAUGGGUUCCGGAGGAGGAGGGAGGAGGAGAUGGAAGGGGAGAGAAAGAUUGUCGAAGGAUGA